AAAAUUUAUCUGGUGUUUACGGUUUUGCCCAGAUGAAUCCUAGACCUCAGGAUAUGUCAUCUCUCUCGAUUCUCUCUCAUAUUUAAUUUUCCGCCCCUCCCUCCAUUCAUCCCUUCACUUCUCUCUGUUCCUGCGGCGUAAAAGGCAAGAUUACGUUGCCUCCCACCCCCCUCUCUCUCUGGUAGAUCCAUUUGUUUUUCACACCGUUGCGGCGUUGAAUUCCACUUUCUCGAUGUUUAAGAUUUGAUUUCGAAGAUUAGGGUGAAAACUGAAUCUUGCACUGGAAAAGUACAGGUCUUUUGAAAGAUGAAAAACUAUCUUGUUGGUAUUCUUGUGCCUCUUCUAUUUUCACUUGUUCUCCGAAAUAAGAGGAAGCAAAAGCAACGUGGUGUGCCUAUUGAUGCUGGGGAAGAAGUUGGUUUUGCAGUGAGAAACUGCCGUUUUGAGUUUCCUGUUGAGACAGCAUGGAAUGGCAUUUUGACAAUUGCUGCCUUGUUUGAACGUUCGUGCAAUCUAUAUGAAAGCAAGAACUUCCUUGGCACUCGAAGCUUCAUUUCUAGGGAGACAGAAGUAACUGAAGAUGGAAGGUCCCUUGAGAGGCUUCAUCUAGGAGAAUAUGAGUGGCUUAGCUAUGGUGAAGUAUUUGAACGUGUAUGCAAUUUUGCAUCUGGAUUGGUUGAGCUUGGUCAUAGAAGGGAAGAGCGUGCAGCCAUCUUUGCUGAUACACGUGCUGAGUGGCUUAUUGCUCUUCAGGGAUGCUUCAGGCAAAAUAUUACUGUUGUGACAAUUUAUGCUUCACUUGGAGAACAUGCUCUAGCACACUCACUGAAUGAGACGGAGGUGUCUACUGUAAUCUGUGGUCGUAAGGAGCUGAAAAAGAUAGUAGGCAUAAAUGGUCAACUUGACACGGUGAAACGUAUUAUUUAUAUGCAUGACGAGGGCUUUCCUGAUGAAGUCUCAUCGGUGGAAAGGGGUACUGGCUGGACCUUAGCAUCAUUCUCCGACGUUGAGAGACUGGGGCGUAAAAGCCCUGUUGAUGCAGAUCUGCCUGUUUCAGCUGAUAUUGCAGUUAUAAUGUAUACAAGUGGUAGCACUGGCUUGCCAAAGGGAGUAAUGAUGACUCAUGGAAACAUUGUAUCAACAGUUUCAGCUGUGAUGUCAAUUAUUCCAGGCCUUGGAAGCAAAGAUUCUUAUUUGGCAUACCUCCCUCUUGCCCAUAUUCUUGAGAUGGCUGCUGAGGUUUUCAUUUGUGCGGUUGGGGCUGCUAUAGGAUAUGGAUCCCCUUUGACACUCACUGAUACUUCAAACAAGAUAAAAAAAGGAACAAAAGGUGAUGCAUCAGUAUUGGGUCCAACACUUAUGACUGCUGUACCAGCAAUACUUGAUCGUGUUCGAGAUGGUGUGCGGAGAAAGGUUGAUGCCAAGGGUGGACUAUCAAAGAGGUUAUUUGAUAUUGCAUACAGCCGGAGGUUGUCUGCAAUUAACGGCAGUUGGUUUGGUGCAUGGGGCCUUGAGAAAAUGCUAUGGAAUUUACUUGUUUUUAGAAAGGUUCAAGCAGUUUUAGGUGGUCGUGUUCGGUUUUUACUUUCUGGAGGCGCCCCACUUUCUGGAGAUACACAGAGAUUUAUUAAUAUAUGCCUUGGGGCUCCAAUUGGACAAGGCUAUGGCCUCACUGAAACUUGUGCAGGUGGAACUUUUUCUGAGUAUGAUGAUUCAUCUGUUGGUCGUGUUGGUGCACCACUACCAUGUUCAUUUAUUAAGUUGGUUGAUUGGCCUGAAGGUAACUAUUUAACAAGAGACUCACCAAUGCCACGGGGGGAAAUAGUUAUUGGAGGGCCCAAUGUUACUUUGGGAUAUUUUAAGAAUAAGGAGAAAACAGAUGAAGUUUACAAGGUCGAUGAAAGAGGAAUGCGGUGGUUUUACAGUGGAGAUAUAGGACAGUUUCACCCUGAUGGUUGCCUUGAGAUCAUUGACCGUAAAAAGGAUAUAGUAAAGCUACAACAUGGAGAAUACGUGUCCCUUGGCAAGAUUGAGGCAGCUCUGAUAGCAAGCCCGUAUGUUGACAACAUCAUGCUGCACGCUGAUCCUUUUCAUAGCUACUGUGUGGCUCUUGUGGUUCCCUUUGCACAACCCUUGGAGGAUUGGGCAGAAAAACAGGGACUUUUAUAUACAGAUUUAACAGACCUGUGCCAGAACGAAGAAUGCAUAAAAGAAGUCCAUGCAUCUUUGGUGAAGGCUGCCAAGAACAUGCGUCUUGACAAGUUCGAAAUCCCAACUAAGAUCAAGUUACUCCCAGAUGCAUGGACUCCUGAAUCUGGCCUUGUCACUGCAGCUCUCAAACUCAAACGAGAAGUCAUCCGGAAGGCCUUUGCUAAGGACCUUACCGACCUAUAUGCGUAGAGGUAGUCUUCAUGCGAGGCAGACAUUGGCUGUGUGAUACCUUUGUAUCAUCAAGAAGUUGGUGAAGCUUUAUGGUCACCUGGUUUUCAAGAAGUUAGGAGUACCAAUUUUGACAUCGACAAUGAUUGCGGCCUUUAGAUUGUAUCUUGGUCGGAAAAUUCAAUUCAACAGAAUGGUUACCAAAGGUGCAUUCA